AUGAACCCGCCGUCGAAGUUGGGCGAAUUCUUUGGAAUUGUGGACGACUUCUUCAAGAAGACAUUCCGUGAUGACUCACGAGUAUUUGUGGCGGUAAAAUCCCGGCAGUACUCCGAGUCUUUUCCGGGUAAACAACUCUUCUUUACAGCCCCUCCGCCCUCGCCACUGGAAUCCGGAAAAACCGACGUUCAAACGCCUGCAACGGCACAGGAGACGGCUGCAAUUGAGUCCAAAAAGGAAAACUACAUGACUUUCUCUCCCCGUCUGACUAUUAAUAAGGAUGGAACGGGAUUUGGAAAGAUCAAGCUUGGGUGCGGCCUCUGUAUUCAACGUGUUUGUCGCUUUGAGCAGGGUUUGACGUUAACCAGCAGGGGAGUUGUUGCUACCAACGUAAAAUUGAUUGAUCUUCUUGAGGGCCUCGAACUUAAGGGUCGGGUUUCCGUUAAUACGAUUGCCCCCGCAUCGGAGGAUGUGUCGGUGGCUACUAUAGAUUAUCAAAGGCGUGAUUUUUACACUACACUCGGCUACCAACGCAAUGGACUUGGCAGUAGUGAUCUCUUGGUGGAUUGCGGAACGAAAUUCUUUAAUCUUCUCGUUGGUGCGGGCUUUGAAAGGCAAAAGCUGUCCUACCUUGAGCAUCACGAUGCCUCAGCGCAGAUGGAUGUGCUAUAUGCAGGUUUAGGCUUCACUGGGGUCAACUGGUCGAUUGGUGCAAAGAUGGUGCGUGCACACGAUGCUUGGAACGCGGCUCGAGUGGCGUUUUAUCAGCGUAUGGCGCCCAACACGAUGGUGGCAUGUGGGUAUAACUUUGAUUUGUUGGAGUCCCGUGCACACCUCUCUUUGGGUUUCUCACAAGGCUUUCGUCUGCGACUGCCGACCAUCCUGCAGCAGCGCUCGGAGGAGCAUUUGGAUGAGUGGACGGCGAUCUUACCAUUUGUGGGGGCCGUUAAGGCAGAGAGCGACGGUGUAUGCGCUGCGACCAUUCGUGGCAUCUUUAACGGGGUAAUUCAUUGGGCCUUAAUUGCCCGCAAGAAUGUGAUGCUUGAGAAGAGCCCAGUGCAGUAUGGGGUGACCAUUUCAAUGGAGUCGGGAUGA